AUGGCGGAUGAGAGUGAUGAUGAAGUUCAGGAGGUGCCCCUUACCACUGUCCUAAGACCACCUGCUUUCAAUCUUCAACGGCUGACGUCGUCUUUCGGUCUUGGUGGGUCAUCAUCGUCUCCCCUGCCAAAGUCAUCUAGCUCCCCACCAGCGUCAGCAGCACGGUCGUCCAACAUAGCUUCGCGAUCUGAACCCUCAGGCACCAGCGUUCAUGCUGGGCAUGCGCUUCCACCUAGAGUGGCUUCAGAUGACUCUUCGGGUGACCAGAAAAAGAAAGAUGUCAAAGAGAAAACCAAUAAGGAUAAGGAGAAGAAACAGGCAAAAAAAAAGGACAAAAAAGAGAAGACCACGCGUAAGAAACGGAAACAGGAUGAAGAUGAUGAGGAACCAAUCGAGGAAACCUAUCCACUUACUGGGGGGGAUGAUGAUGAAAAUGACUCCAAUGGUGAUGAUGAUGCUCGCACAGGGCAGGAAGCACAUGUCCCCAAAGACUUGGGUGGCAGGGGUGGGUCGUCUAAGAGGCCUGCUGCCAAUGUAUCGAAAAAACCAGCCACAAAGAGCCGCAAGCGCGCGGAUGCUGAGGAGCAUCAGGAGCCCAACAUCAAGCAAACUCUGGAGCCGUUCCACUUUGAGAUCACUGGGGGUGAGGAGGCCCAUCAUGAUGCUGCAGAACUGACUCCUGACCCGAAAGACACCGGUUUAUGGGAAUACCCUGACAACCAGCUUGGUCUCCAAGACACUCCAUACAAACAAGAUCCUCGCUAUGCACUUUUCCAAGUACCGAUGCAUGAAGGUAUCGAAGAUGCCACCAAUCCUGAGAUGGCUGAGGAAGAAAUCGAUACGAUGCUCCAGCAUAUGGAGGGCAUGGCGCUUCACACUGGCCAUGAGCUAGAUUGGGCACAGGAGAGGAUUGAAGUGGAGAGUCUUUCAGUCACUGAGGGUGAUGGUCUUGUAAUUGAGGCAUUGCCAACGACCCCAGAGCCUGAAGAGACACUGCCAAAUACCCCAGAGUCUGAAGAGUCUACUCAAACGCUUGGGUCGCUGCGAAGAGGGGAGGAGGGGCAGGAGAAGAUUGGAAAAAGAAGGCUGCUGCGGUUCACUGCGUUUCUAAACGCAGAGACGGUGGGAGUUGCGCACUUGGGUUGGAAAAUGGCUGCGUCGGCCAACUGGUCAGGACCCACAUGGUAA